UACAGACGUUCCCGGAAGCUCCGGAGGCCCAGCGUGUGCCAGACCUGGAGCCUAAGCCCGGUGGACCGGUGCUUAGCAACGGGGGAGGCCAUGUGGCCGGAGCUAGGUGCCGUGCUGCGCGGGACCUGUGGCCCGCUGGGCAGGACUGUUCGUCUCCCUUGUUGGGGCGCCCUGGGGCCUAGGCCCCGCUGGUGGGGGCCAUGUGGGGGUUGUUUGGUCCGAAGUGUUCAUCAUGAGCGGCCUGGAAGAGGCCUAAGUGAGGACGACAUUCGCAGGGCACGGGAGGCCCGGCUCAGGAAGGCACCCCGGCCACAGCUGAGUGAUCGCUCUCGAGAACGCAAAGUGCCUGCCACCCGCAUCAGUCGCUUGGCCAACUUCGGGGGGCUGGCGGUGGGCUUGGGCCUGGGAGCACUGGCUGAGGUGAGCAAGAAGUACCUGCCCAGAGGAGGUGAGCAGCAUGAGGUUGUCUCUGGACUGGACUCCAGCCCUUUCCUUUCUGAGGCCAAUGCUGAGAGGUUCGUGCAGACCUUAUGUACAGUCCGGGGAGCCGCCCUCAAGAUCGGCCAAAUGCUCAGCAUCCAGGACAACAGCUUUAUCAGCCCCCAGCUUCAGCGAAUCUUCGAGAGGGUCCGCCAGAGCGCUGACUUCAUGCCCCGCUGGCAGAUGCUGAGAGUGCUAGAAGAGGAGCUGGGCAAGGAAUGGCAAGACAAGGUGGCCUCCUUUGAGGAAAUGCCCUUCGCCGCUGCCUCCAUUGGGCAGGUACACCAAGCUGUGCUAAAGGACGGGACUGAGGUGGCUGUGAAGAUCCAGUACCCAGGUGUUGCCCAGAGUAUCCAGAGUGACAUACAGAACCUGCUGGCCGUGCUCAAGAUGAGUGUGGGCCUGCCAGAGGGCCUGUUUGCUGAGCAGAGCUUGCAGGCCUUGCAGCAGGAGCUGGCUUGGGAGUGUGACUACCGCAGAGAAGCCGCUUGUGCCCAGACGUUCAGGAAGCUCUUGGCUAGUGACCCCUUCUUCCGGGUGCCAGCUGUGGUGCAGGAGCUGUGCACUACGCGUGUGCUGGUCAUGGAGCUGGCUGGGGGAAUCCCUCUGGACCAGUGCCAGGGCCUGAACCAGGACAUCCGGAAUCAGAUCUGCCUUCAGCUACUGAGACUGUGUCUGCAAGAGCUGUUUGAAUUCAGAUUCAUGCAGACAGAUCCCAACUGGGCCAACUUCCUGUACGAUGCCUCCAGCCACCAGGUGACCCUACUGGACUUCGGUGCAAGCCGGGCUUUUGGAACAGAGUUCACGGACCAUUACAUUGAGGUGGUGAAGGCUGCAGCAGAUGGAGACAGAGACCGAGUCCUGCAGAAAUCCCAGGACCUCAAAUUCCUUACAGGCUUUGAAACCAAGGCAUUCUCUGACGCCCACGUGGAGGCGGUGAUGAUCCUGGGGGAACCCUUUGCUGCCUCAGGUCCCUACGACUUCGGGGCCAGAGGGACAGCUCGCCGAAUACAGGGCCUCAUCCCGGUGUUGCUUCGGCACCGGCUGCGCCCACCGCCUGAGGAGACCUAUGCUCUGCACCGCAAGCUAGCUGGGGCUUUCUUAGCCUGUGCCCGUCUCCACGCCCACAUCGCCUGCCGGGACCUCUUCCAAGACACCUACCAGCGCUACUGGGCCAGCCGCCAGGCAUUGCCACCGCCAGCAGACUCCUGACUAGAGGGACCUCCCUGUCGACCCCACCACGAUAGACUCCAUCCGGGGGUGCCAGCCCCACAGCGGGCGGCCCCCUCCCCCUCUGUCCUGGUCGCAGAGCCUAGUCUCUUGCCUUGGAUCUUCGGGCCCUGGAGUUAACCCCCUGAUCCAAAGUGGCCAUCCUCGAAUUCUGAGGCCGGGAGUCAGCAGAUUCCUGCCCUGCCACCAUCUCAGUGAGCCCUUGGCCCCUUCAUGGGGUCCACUCUCAUCUUGAGGGAGCGCCCCUCGGCCCCAGGUCUUCCGUGAUCCGCACGGAAGGGGAGACUGGUGGCUGGUGGGGGCGGUCCUCACCUCUGCCUCUCCGGCUCCUCUCCCAGCUGCCUUCUUCAGGGGCUCCAGCCUGUGUCUUAGGUGGGGGUGGGUGCUGAGCCUUUCCUCUGAAUAAAGGCCUUUCCCUUCCCCCCA